GCCAUCUUGUCUUGUUCGUGAAGAAGUAGAAGCAUCGAAAGGAUUGGAGAGGUAUUACAGGAACAGUGGGGACAAGGGUGUUCCGGAACCAGAGUGGGUGUGUCAGACAAACAUUGUACUACUUGAAUAGUAGCUUCCAUUAAAAUUUUGGGGAAGAAAGCUUUGGAAAACAGCAAAAAUACAAGUUUUUGUUUAAACAUAACAGAAAAAUUACUACAAGUAAUACAACUCAAAGUCUUGAAAAUGUGCAAGUAAAACCUCUUUGUGCAUAGGGAAACUUGGAAGUUUAUAAUAAAACCUUCAACCCAUGAUAUUUUGAGAAGUAGGAACAGGAAGACAAACUGAGACUAAAGAAUUUUUUCAAAGAUAACAGGAAAUCUAUACAAGUCUUAGAUUGCUUCUGGAGAAGAAAAUGGAGUUGAACAGAAGGCAUAAAUAAUAUUGCUGCUAUGCUUCCAAGCUAUAAUCUGAAUCAACCUAAAUUUUAAGCAGAAGGUGAACCUCUGAGAUAAAAAAUCACAUAUAUUUUGAAAGAAAGGAUGUGGGAUCAAGGAGGACAGCCUUGGCAACAAUGGCCCUUGAACCAACAACAGUGGAUGCAGUCAUUCCAGCACCAACAGGAUCCAAGCCAGAUUGACUGGGCCGCAUUGGCACAAGCUUGGAUUGCCCAAAGAGAAGCUUCAGGACAACAAAGCAUGGUAGAGCAACCACCAGGAAUGAUGCCAAAUGGACAAGAUAUGUCUACAAUGGAGUCUGGUCCAAACAAUCAUGGGAAUUUUCAAGGGGAUUCAAACUUUAACAGAAUGUGGCAACCAGAAUGGGGAAUGCAUCAGCAACCCCCACACCCCCCUCCAGAUCAGCCAUGGAUGCCACCAACACCAGGCCCAAUGGACAUUGUUCCUCCUUCUGAAGACAGCAACAGUCAGGACAGUGGGGAAUUUGCCCCUGACAACAGGCAUAUAUUUAACCAGAACAAUCACAACUUUGGUGGACCACCCGAUAAUUUUGCAGUGGGGCCAGUGAACCAGUUUGACUAUCAGCAUGGGGCUGCUUUUGGUCCACCGCAAGGUGGAUUUCAUCCUCCUUAUUGGCAACCAGGACCUCCAGGACCUCCAGCACCUCCCCAGAAUCGAAGAGAAAGGCCAUCAUCAUUCAGGGAUCGGCAACGUUCACCUAUUGCACUUCCUGUGAAGCAGGAGCCUCCACAAAUUGAUGCAGUAAAGCGCAGGACUCUUCCAGCUUGGAUUCGUGAAGGUCUUGAAAAAAUGGAACGUGAAAAACAGAAGAAGUUGGAGAAAGAAAGAAUGGAACAACAACGUUCACAAUUGUCCAAAAAAGAAAAGAAGGCUACAGAAGAUGCUGAAGGAGGAGAUGGCCCUCGUUUACCUCAGAGAAGUAAAUUUGAUAGUGAUGAGGAAGAUGAAGACAAUGAAAAUGUUGAGGCUGCAAGUAGUGGAAAAGUCACCAGAAGUCCAUCACCAGUUCCUCAAGAAGAGCAAAGUGAACCAGAGAUGACUGAAGAAGAGAAAGAGUAUCAAAUGAUGUUGCUGACAAAAAUGCUUCUGACUGAAAUUCUACUGGAUGUCACAGAUGAAGAAAUUUAUUACGUAGCCAAAGAUGCACACCGGAAAGCAACAAAAGCUCCUGCAAAACAGCUGGCACAGUCCAGUGCACUGGCUUCCCUCACUGGACUCGGUGGACUGGGUGGCUAUGGAUCAGGAGACAGUGAAGAUGAGAGAAGCGACAGAGGCUCUGAGUCUUCUGACACUGAUGAUGAAGAAUUACGGCACCGAAUCCGGCAAAAACAGGAAGCUUUUUGGAGAAAAGAAAAAGAACAGCAACUAUUACAUGAUAAACAGAUGGAAGAAGAAAAGCAACAAACGGAAAGGGUUACAAAAGAGAUGAAUGAAUUUAUCCAUAAAGAGCAAAAUAGCUUAUCAUUACUAGAAGCAAGAGAAGCAGACGGUGAUGUGGUUAAUGAAAAGAAGAGAACUCCAAAUGAAACUACAUCAGUUUUAGAACCAAAAAAAGAACAUAAAGAAAAAGAGAAACAAGGAAGGAGUAGAUCAGGAAGUUCUAGUAGUGGUAGUUCCAGUAGCAAUAGCAGAACUAGUAGUACUAGCAGUACUGUCUCUAGCUCUUCAUACAGUUCUAGCUCAGGUAGUAGUCGCACUUCUUCUAGGUCUUCUUCUCCUAAGAGGAAAAAGAGACAUAGUAGGAGUAGAUCUCCAACAAUUAAAGUUAGACGUAGCAGAAGUAGAAGCUACUCUCGCAGAAUUAAAAUAGAGAGCAAUAGGGCUAGGGUAAAGAUUAGAGAUAGGAGGAGAUCUAAUAGAAGUAGCAUUGAAAGAGAAAGACGACGAAAUCGGAGUCCUUCCCGAGAGAGACGUAGAAGUAGAAGUCGCUCCAGGGAUAGACGAACCACUCGUUCCAGUCGCAGUAGGAGUCGAGAUAGGCGUAAAAUUGAUGAUCAACGUGGAAAUCUUAGUGGGAGCAGUCAUAAGCAUAAAGGUGAGGCUAAAGAACAAGAGAGGAAAAGGGAGAGGAGUCGAAGUAUAGAUAAAGAUAGGAAAAAGAAAGAUAAAGAAAGGGAGCGUGAACAGGAUAAAAGGAAAGAGAAACAAAAAAGGGAAGAAAAAGAUUUUAAGUUCAGUAGUCAGGAUGAUAGGUUAAAAAGGAAACGAGAAAGUGAAAGAACAUUCUCUAGGAGUGGUUCUAUAUCUGUUAAAAUCAUAAGACAUGAUUCUAGACAGGAUAGCAAGAAAAGUACUACCAAAGAUAGUAAGAAACAUUCAGGCUCUGAUUCCAGUGGAAGGAGCAGUUCUGAAUCUCCAGGAAGUAGCAAAGAAAAGAAGGCUAAGAAGCCUAAACAUAGUCGAUCGCGAUCCAUGGAGAAAUCUCAAAGGUCUGGUAAGAAGGCAAGCCGCAAACACAAGUCUAAGUCCCGAUCAAGAUCAACAACCCCUCCCCGUCGUAAGCGCUGAGGAAUGAUGUGGCAAGAAUGCCAUGAUGUUGUUUAAAAAAAUUCCAUGAGUUUUAAGGGCUUGUCUCAUUAUAGAGGCACAUGUGGCUGUGUAGGUGAAACCAGAAUCUUUUUUUUUUUUAAUCUGUAAAUAGGUGUACUUUUUUCAAUGCUGCUCCAAGUUACUUAAUAGGAUUUCUUUGUAUUACAUUUUUUUCAAAAAAAAAAAAAUAGUGCAUAAAUAAGACUAUAAACAUGCCAUUCUCUUUCAGCUGUAAUGUUCUUAAAAUUAUUCUUGAAUGUACUGUGAUGUCAAUAAAGCUCUUUAGUUCAUUUUUGUUAAA